AUGAAGGUUGACCAAGAGAGAUUCUCCACGCGGCUCUUUAUGCUCGACACCUCUUUCCUCCAAGAUUGUAGCGAUACAGACAGCACAUCGACAGUCUCUGCGAUACCCCUUCCGGCGCACCUCGUCGAAAGACUCGAGAUCCCGCUGGGGCAGGUCCUGGACGACGUCGCAAUGGGCUCACAAAAGAACGCGACCUACGAACGGACUCUGGGGUGGGUCUUUACGGCCGCGGGUGCUCACUCGGGUUCCUGGACAGGGAAUUCUGGCUGUGCACCUAGUCUCUGGAUGACUGCAGCGGCUCGGAAAUGCUAA